UUUCCAAAAGCCUCACGACGACAGAGAGAGAGAGAGAGAGAGAGAGAGAGAUGGAAGAACAAGUUGAAUUGGUGGGGAGAGCGUUUGUGGAUCACUACUACCAGCUCUUUGACACAGAUCGAGCCGCUCUCUCUUCUCUCUACCAGCCGACCUCGAUGCUGACAUUCGAAGGGCAGAAGGUUUUGGGAGCACAUGCCAUCUCCGAGAAGUUCAUGCAGCUGCCCUUCGAUAAGUGCCAGCACCAUAUCAGCACCAUCGACUCGCAGCCCUCCUCCACCAGCGGAGGUAUCGUGGUUUUCGUCAGCGGCAGCUUGGCAUUGCCCGGGGAGGAGCAUCAGCUGAGGUUUGGUCAGAUGUUCCACUUGAUUCCAUCGACAGGAGGAAGCUUUUUCGUGCAGAACGACAUGUUUCGCCUGAACUAUGGCUGAAACCUUUGCACAUCUGAAUGUGCAUCUUCUGUGAAACUAACACUGAUUUAAUGGACGUCCAUCAAUUCAUCUUUCUCUCUGAAAUAUUAAGAACAAUUUAUGGAUGUUCGUUGCACACGAAUGAGCUUAAUGCGGUCGACUGGCCCCGACAUACAUAUGAUGACCUUCGUAUAAAACCUUGCAGGUGCUGUGGAAAUAAAGUCUUGGGCUUACUGUAGCCUAAAGUAUGGGCCAAGCCAACAAUUA